UACGUCGAAGAGUAUUCACCGCAGCGCGUCAUGCGGCAGUUUGGCCGUCACCAGACAUUCCCGCUCGUCCCCAUCCGUACAAUCCCCUUGCACGUCCACAGGUACACGCGGAAAGGCCAGCCAGCUGGCCACCUCUGGGCGGACCGCUUGGCCCCUUACGUGGCAACAUGGGCCCAAGCGCUACAGGACGUCGUUGAUGAGGCGCGUCCCCACACCGAGGGAAACUUUAGGGAGUACCUACGGUGGUACUUACCUCGUACGCGGACUCGUGUCACCUACACCCCUGAUGAUGUCCGGGGCCACGUCGCAUCGACAACGGAGACAUACCCGGUGCAUUGGGACGAGGACGCCGCUUUAGCAACAGAUAUCAUUUAUGAUGUAAAUAGGGAUGCAGCUGCUGCCAUGGAUCGCGUCCGGCAAGGGCAUCACCUAAGUGCGUCGGAUGUUGCGAGCUUCAUUAGACGGGUUUUCGACAAGACGACGCGCGCCCUGAAACUCACCUCCUGCCGAUCUACCACAGAUGUAGCAGGGCCGCCUCCCAGGACGAGUGGUGCACACGCCGAGUCGUCUCGGCCGUCAGACGUGCACCGCCGAUCUUCAGUGUCGGCACCCACACGACCCCUUCUAUCACGUCUUGGAGGGUCCGAGCAACAUGGUCCGUCUGCACAAGUCCCGACGCAGCCUCGCAGAUUGAGCCCUGUACGUCCACAGUCAGGUACUCCGGGAACCCUUCUUCCUAAUUUCUAGUACUUUCAGCAAAAUAAGUUACAACUUUGCUCAGAUUACUUCGGUGACGAGGCCGGUCCGUCUUCGGCGGCCCCACACCCUACCCCCCCCCCCCC